AUGACGCCUCCGUUGGCGCGGGACCCGAGUCCCAACGCUACCUUCAAGUUUCCCGCCUUCCAGCCCGAUCUGCUCCCCACGCCCGAGGAAGACAACAUCUACGGCCUCAGCUCGUCGCGGUCCGCCAGCCCCAGUCAUGCAGCGCAGACAAAUGGCAGCACGAUACCAGGGGAUAGGUGGCAUCCGCGCAAAGAGGCUAGGUUCGGAGGCAUGAAUGGCUCCUCGUCGGGCUCUUCAAACAGGCACGGAAGACAGAAGAGCCUUUCCGAGGCCUUCAGGACCAUACGGACGCGAAAGGGCAGUGUCAGCCAGAAUGCGCAUGAACUCGCCGAUGCGCUCAAGGCACCGCUGUCGCCCAAGCUCAUCGUGCUCUGCGGCGUGUGGUACAUGACGUCCAUCUUCACCAACAUGUCCUCCAAGGCCAUCCUGACCGCCCUACCGAAGCCCAUCACCCUUACGACCGUACAAUUCGCCUUCGUAUCUGGCUGGUGCUUGAUAAUGGCCAUGUUCGCUAGGAAAUUUCCGCGGUUGAAGCAGACGAUGCCUUUCCUCAAGUACGGCAUUCGCAGCCCAUCCAGGGAACUGAUCAUGGCUACGCUGCCCCUGACGCUCUUUCAGAUUGGCGGACACAUUCUCAGUGCCGAUGCUACGUCGAGGAUACCUGUGUCGCUGGUGCACACCAUCAAGGGACUCUCCCCGCUCCUGACGGUCAUGGCCUACAGCAUCUUCUUCAAGAUUCAAUACUCGAUCCCAACAUACCUCUCCCUUAUACCACUAACUCUGGGAGUCAUACUGGCAUGCUCGGCGGAUUUCAACGCGAACCUGAUCGGCCUGAUGUCCGCAUUUGCCAGCGCUAUCCUCUUCGUCGUACAGAACAUUGUCUCCAAACAGAUUUUCAACGACGCCGCAGCCGCUGAGAAAGACGGUCUCCCACCCAACAAGUUCACCAAGCCAGACAAACUAAACCUCCUCUGCUACUCCUCCGGCCUAGCCUUCCUCUUCACGCUCCCACUCUGGCUCUGGUCCGAAGGAUUCACCCUCAUCUUCGACUUUCUGCACGACGCCUCCAUUGAACUAUCAGACCACCCUGAAGCUCUGGACCACGGGCGGCUGAUUCUAGAAUUCCUGUUCAACGGCACCUUCCAUUUCGGGCAGAACAUUGUAGCUUUCGUGCUACUAUCCAUGGUCUCACCAGUCACCUACUCCGUCGCCAGCCUGAUCAAGCGCGUUUUCGUUAUCGUCUUCGCAGUCGUCUGGUUCGGCAAGCCCAUGACCAAAGUGCAAGCCUUCGGCUUCGUCCUCACAUUCGUGGGUCUAUAUCUCUAUGACCGCACGCACGAUGCCGCCAAAGCAGAUAAACGCGCAAAGGCCCUACAGUCCAAGAACAGCGGCUCAUUGCUUCCCUUGGCGACAGACGUCAAGUCGCGACCUGUUUUCACGGCUAGUCCGUCGUCCAUGCAGGAUCCAGGGACGUACUCCAUGCCGGGUAUCCACGAGUCACGAGAUGAGAAAAGACAUGAUGAUUCGGGCAGUUCGAGCUAUCGCAGGACUUCUGAGCAGGGCUCGCAGUACUUGCCUCCUGGGACGAAGGCGGAGGAUACUUGGCGGCCUAAUGACAUGAAUGGCAGAAGGGGGAUAGGCGUUUCAUGA